AUGGCUAAGCUCUCUCUCUCCUCCGUCGUCUUCGUCUUUUCUCUCUUCUUCUGUUUCUUAUCUUCAAUUUCUUCAUCGGAAAGCUUAGCAUCCUACAUCGUUCAUGUGCAGCGAUCACAUAAGCCUUCCCUCUUCUCUUCCCACAGCCACUGGCACAACUCUCUCCUCCGCUCCCUCCCAUCUUCUCCCAAGCCCGCGACCCUCCUUUAUUCAUACUCACGCGCCGUUCAUGGCUUCUCCGCUCGUCUUUCCCCUACCCAGACCGCCGCCCUCCGACGUAACCCAGCCGUCAUCUCCGUGAUCCCUGAUCAGGCGCGUGAGAUUCACACAACUCAUACCCCUGCCUUCCUCGGUUUCUCCGAUAACUCUGGUCUCUGGAGCAACUCCAAUUACGGAGAAGACGUGAUCGUCGGCGUUCUAGACACUGGAAUCUGGCCGGAGCAUCCGAGUUUCUCUGAUUCAGGUCUCGACCCCGUUCCAUCUGCCUGGAAAGGCGAGUGCGAGACCGGACCGGAUUUUCCUGCAUCAUCUUGCAAUCGGAAGCUUAUCGGAGCUCGGGCGUUUUACAAGGGAUAUUUAACGCAUCAGAACGGAUCAACGCACGCGGCGAAGGAAUCGAGGUCGCCGCGCGAUACAGCAGGUCACGGUACGCACACGGCAUCUACGGCGGCUGGAUCGGUGGUGGCUAACGCGAGCUUGUACCAAUACGCGAGCGGAGUGGCGCGUGGGAUGGCAUCUAAGGCCAGAAUCGCCGCCUACAAAAUCUGUUGGACCGGCGGUUGCUACGACUCCGAUAUCCUCGCUGCCAUGGAUCAGGCGGUAGCGGACGGUGUUCACGUGAUCUCUCUCUCCGUAGGUGCCAACGGCUACGCCCCGGAGUAUCACAUGGACUCUAUCGCGAUCGGAGCAUUUGGAGCGACGCGGCACGGUAUCGUCGUUUCCUGCUCCGCCGGAAACUCUGGUCCUGGCCCACAAACCGCCACUAACAUCGCUCCUUGGAUCCUAACUGUCGGUGCGUCCACGAUCGACAGAGAGUUCUCCGCUAACGCCAUCACCGGCGACGGUAAAGUCUUCACGGGAACGUCACUGUACGCUGGGGAACCUCUUCCCGAUGCUCAAGUUACUUUAGUAUACUCCGGCGAUUGCGGAAGCAGAUUGUGCUAUCCGGGAAAAUUGAACUCAUCCCUGGUGGAAGGCAAAAUCGUUCUCUGUGACAGAGGAGGCAACGCCAGAGUUGAGAAAGGAAGUGCCGUCAAGAUAGCCGGCGGCGCAGGCAUGAUUCUGGCGAACACAGCUGAAAGCGGCGAAGAACUCACCGCCGAUUCGCAUCUCGUCCCGGCAACAAUGGUCGGAGCUAAAGCUGGAGAUCAAAUCCGUGACUACAUCAAAAAUUCAGACUCUCCCACCGCAACAAUCAGCUUCCUAGGCACCUUGAUCGGACCAACUCCUCCUUCUCCCAGAGUCGCCGCCUUCUCCAGUCGUGGACCAAACCACAUUUCGCCGGUUAUCCUCAAACCGGACGUGAUUGCGCCAGGAGUCAACAUAUUAGCCGGUUGGACUGGAAUGGUUGGUCCGACCGAUUUAGAUAUCGACCCAAGACGGGUCACGUUCAACAUAAUCUCCGGCACAUCGAUGUCCUGCCCACACGUCAGCGGACUCGUCGCUCUCCUCCGUAAAGCUCAUUCCGAUUGGUCACCGGCAGCCAUCAAAUCCGCGCUUGUAACAACCGCUUACGAUACUGAAAACUCCGGCGAACCAAUCGAGGAUCUUGCCACUGGUAAAUCAUCGAACUCAUUCAUCCACGGAGCCGGCCACGUGGAUCCAAACAAAGCCUUGAAUCCUGGUUUGGUUUACGACAUCGAUGUGAAAGAGUACGUGGCCUUCCUCUGCGCCGUAGGAUACGAGUUUCCUGGGAUUCUAGUCUUCCUUCAGGAUCCAAGUCUUUACAACGCCUGCGAGACCAGCAAGCUCAGAACCGCCGGCGAUCUCAACUAUCCAUCUUUCUCCGUGGUUUUCGGAUCGACCGUCGAUGUUGUGAAAUACAGAAGAGUUGUGAAAAAUGUGGGAAGCAACGUUGACGCGGUGUAUGAAGUCGGAGUUAAAUCGCCGGCGAAUGUUGAGAUCGAGGUAGCUCCGACCAAGCUUGCGUUUAGCAAGGAGAGGAGCGAGUUGGAAUUCGAAGUGACGUUUAAGAGCGUAGUGCUCGGCGGCGGAGUUGGAUCCGUGCCGGGUCAUGAAUUCGGGUCGAUUGAAUGGACAGACGGUGAACACGUCGUCAAGAGCCCGGUGGCCGUUCAAUGGGGUCAGAGCUCAGUUCAGUCUAUUUGA